CUGGAGGUGAAAGAGUUCGAAUGACAAGUACAGAGGACCAGACGUUCAGAGAAGGGAGAAGGAGAUAAACCAGAGAUCGGUGAACUGUCCCUGGGUUGCAGUCGGUCGGAGAGGCUCACAUACGUCACGAGGCUCACUGUGCAUGACUUUGUUAAGAAAUGUGUAGUAGUUUCUAAUUUUUAUUCUUUGUGUGUGGAACUGAAGGGGAAGCACAUUACAAGAAGAGUCAGCCAAGUGAUAGAUCAGGGGCACACAGAGACACGUGACUGCAGCUCCGUGAUCCGCCAUGACUUCUCUCUCGUGCUCACAGUCACAGUCGCACGUUGUAGUUGACCUCUCGACCCUAGUCGGAAACAUUCCCGGAUGUACAUUUAUUGACGCGAACAGCCACAGAAGGGAAAACAGAGCAAACCUCACCUUGAUUCAAGGUGUGCUCUUGUUUACAACCGUCACGUGACUGUGUGUACACACCUUGACACACCUUUAAUUGGUUCUGCGCAGUGCGACAAGCGUUUGGGAAAACCCGGAUGUGUUUGUUAGAAGUCAUUCUGAAAGGUGUUGAGUUGUAUAUAACAUCUCUUGAGAAAUUGUAUAUAACAUUUCUGUAUCGAGGAAGGAAUAAGAGGCAGUGCUCGAAGCAAACAUUUCUUCUUCAGUGUAGAAACAUCUUUGUGAAUUUUCAGGAGACAACGGGUAGUCGGUGACUUUGAUCAAGAGACACCACGAUGACUGCAAUCCUUACUACGUUGUGGGUGACUGCUGUGGCUGUUGUUGUUGCUGUAGUCGUAGGAGCUGCUGCAGCGGAAGACUGUUUGACAGACGACAACUGCCGCAACAUCACCGCCACCAGGACCACCGGCAACGUUACCUACUGCUGCAGUGACGUCAGCAGACAGAUGAGUGUGCGGGUUGACGGACAGUGUCAAUGCCUGUCGCAAGGUCUGCACAACGGGACUGGUCAGACCAAGGAUGCUUUGAAGAACUGGGCUGACGACACCAUGGAUGAAGGUCGCAUGUGUUUGUUCGGCGAAAAGGACUGCAGUGGCUCCCACUUCAAUGCGACGAUCGGGUCGGUACAGCAGCCGUACUGCUGCCGCAACAGCGACAACAUCGAGUUCGUCAUGUACAACGCCUCUGACCCCGACUACGUGGGUUGCCGUUGUGCGAACAACUCGGCGCCACUAACGCCACCUGGCGCCUACAACGUGCCAUUGACCCAACGCUACGUCUCUUCAGGCGAGGCGUGUCUGUAUGAAGCCCUGUGUGACGACAACCCCAGCCUCAAGUGUGAGGGUCACCGGGGCGUCUACUGCUGCUACAACAGCCGCGGCAUCCACACCACCAACCUCAACGCCACCACCACGGCCUGCACGUGCAGCAACGAGUUCCGGGGGGAGCGCUGCGACGACGAUGUGAAGUCCGUUCCCGCCUUGGAACAGAGGUGCCUGAAGGACGCCGCGUGUCCAGUAGGAGCCAAGACGGCGGUUGUCAAGAGCGGUGCCCAGAACGUGACAGUGACGUACUGCUGUCCGAGCCUCAUACACGAGCCCCACGUGCAGACCGUGCAGGGCGCUACACCUAAAGACAUCUGCAGCUGCAGUUCUCACGACGAGGAAGGUUCCCCGACAGUCAAGACCAUUCAGUGGGCCGAGCUAACGAAAGACUAUGGUCGUUGGUGCGAGAGCGGAUCUGCCUGCGAACUGUUGUCGUCGAAGCUCACGUUUUAUAGGAACUACGACACCAGCACCAACAAGGUUCUGUCGCUGUGUUGUCGAACACCUAACACCACCUACUACUUCGCCGCCUACGAGCAGGAGAGCUACGAAUCUAUCGGGUGCCGGUGCGCCAACACCCGGGUUCCCCACCCAGAACAUGGCGCCUACGCUGUGCCGGAGGCGGGCUUCUACAACUCCACAGGUGAGGCUUGUUCUUACAAUUCUGGGUGUGACGACCAUCCAAGCCUCAAGUGCGAGGCAUCUGACGUCUCCUUUUGUUGCUAUGGCAGCCGGGGUAUGUACACGGAUACCCUGAACGACAGGAUUACAUCGUGCACUUGCACUAACGACCGUCUGGGCGAGUUCUGCGCAGGAAAACUAUUUCCUGUUUCUACGUCAUCUCACGUCACGCCCUCUGGCGUCCUGUGCCUGCUGCUCAUGGCGCUGUACUGCCUUGGACGUUAAAGUUACCCCACUAAGAAAGAAAUGACUACACGCAUCAAGCGAAAGAGAGAGAAGAAAAGGAAAGGGGAGAAAGACACGGGUGAAUUACGGGUAUCCUGGCAUUGCCGCUGAGUAGAUUCAGAUUCUGAGAGACCUUAUUUUACUAUUGCUGGUGUCUUCGCCCUAAAUCCAGGAGGAGAGCAUUCUGUCGAGCCAAAACUGAGGUAACCUAGUCAACAGAGGUAAAUGUGCCUGAAGCUGGAAGUCAAGAUGGCGAUGUUCGAAAUAACAGAUCCUCUGCAUUUUUCUGUACGACUGUUAAUGUCAAUGUUUUUUCAUACGUGUCAAUGUUCACUUUUUAAUGUUUAACCUGUUAUUUUAAUUCAACUUACACGUCUCGAUGAAAUAAAACUUACCAUAUAUAUAUAUACGGCGUAUGGAUGAACGAAGAAACAGAUGAAGUGAUCAGUAUGUGGACCUACAUGCACACGUGUCCAACUGUACAUCACACUUCGACAGUCAAAUAAAACAAAGACUACCGAGGAGAGCCUUCCGUCUAUCACUACAUGGUAUACUCAUUCAAAAUAUUAUAAUUAAAAUGAAAAAAACAACAACAACAAGCUCCAUGCUCGAACACAGACUCGCGAGAAGCGAUUGAAUCCCGUCAAAACUCUUUUCCGAAAAAGUUCCACACUGAAGAAUGGGAGAUAACAAGCUAAGCCUUUUUAAUGUGUCUUACGUCCCUUUGAUUACUUUCUCCUCUGCCAGUUUGAAUGAGUUGUUUAGUGUUGGCUGUCGCUCGGGAGUCGACAUCUUACGACAAAAUCUUUUUUAUUUGCCACAAUAUUACAGUUCAUGUCUUGGAAAAUAAAAGACUUGUGAACCAA